UGCAGAGCAAACUUGGUGGACCUCCAGAAGAAGCUAGAGGAACUAGAGCUUGAUGAGCAGCAGAAGAAGCGGUUAGAAGCCUUCCUCACCCAAAAGGCCAAGGUUGGGGAGCUCAAGGAUGAUGACUUCGAACGGAUCUCAGAGCUGGGAGCCGGGAACGGCGGGGUGGUCACCAAGGUCCAGCACAGACCUUCAGGCCUCAUCAUGGCAAGAAAGCUGAUCCACCUGGAGAUCAAGCCAGCCAUCCGGAACCAGAUCAUCCGCGAGCUGCAGGUGCUGCAUGAGUGCAACUCCCCGUACAUUGUGGGCUUCUACGGGGCCUUCUACAGCGACGGGGAGAUCAGCAUCUGCAUGGAGCACAUGGAUGGUGGCUCUCUGGACCAGGUGUUGAAAGAAGCCAAGAGAAUUCCAGAAGAGAUCCUGGGGAAGGUCAGCAUUGCGGUUCUGCGGGGCCUGGCGUAUCUCCGGGAAAAGCACCAGAUCAUGCACCGAGAUGUGAAACCAUCUAACAUCCUCGUCAACUCCAGAGGGGAGAUCAAGCUGUGCGAUUUUGGGGUGAGCGGGCAGCUCAUCGACUCCAUGGCCAACUCCUUCGUGGGAACUCGAUCCUAUAUGUCUCCGGAGCGGCUGCAAGGCACUCACUACUCGGUGCAGUCAGACAUCUGGAGCAUGGGCUUGUCCCUGGUGGAGCUGUCCAUUGGAAGGUACCCCAUCCCCCCGCCGGAUGCCAAGGAGCUGGAGGCCAUAUUCGGCCGGCCCAUGGUCGAUGGGGCGGAAGGAGAGCCUCACACCAUCUCACCGCGGCCGAGACCCCCCGGACGCCCCAUCAGUGGCCACGGGGUGGACAGCCGACCGGCUAUGGCUAUCUUUGAACUGCUGGACUACAUUGUGAACGAGCCGCCUCCUAAGCUGCCCAGUGGUGUCUUCACCCAGGACUUCCAGGAGUUUGUGAAUAAAUGCCUCAUUAAGAACCCAGCUGAGCGAGCAGAUCUGAAGAUGCUCAUGAACCAUGGCUUCAUCAAACGGUCUGAGGUGGAAGAAGUGGAUUUUGCCGGCUGGUUGUGUAAAACGCUGCGUCUGAACCAGCCCAGCACGCCCACACGCACCGCCGUGUGAUCCUGCCGGUGACCUGUGAAUCCCGCCACCCGCCCUUCCCGCCCAGGACGGACCAGCUCCUCCCCGCCCGUUCCACCGAGCCCGGAGGAGAGUGCACAGCGGAACGUUCACUUCCUCUUCCACCUGUCGCAGCCUCGGCCCUCUGGUCUCUGGGGAAGGGUGACGCUGCCCGUGUUGCCGUCUCAGAACCUGCUUACUUAGGUUUAAAAAAAAAAAAAAAACAGGGAAAGGAAAAGCAAACCGA